AUGAUGAUCUCCGUGCCGCGGUUUGAUAGGACGUACACUCUGGUUCUUCUCGAACUGCAGACCUUCCGCUGUCUGCCGGUGCGCUUUGAUUUCGCUGGUCUGAAUCAAGAGAUGCAGGAGGAGGAGGAGGAACAAGGGGAAGGUGGUACCUCCAUGGAUUGCAUCGACUCCUCGAUUGUCGAAUGA